UGACGAUGCGCAACCUGCGAAACCUGCGAUUCGGCCGCUGGCGGCAUCCCGACAUCACCGCCGCCUGCUGGGAUCCCGAGACGGACGAGAUUGUGUGCGCCAUCGGCCCGACCGAGCAGAACCCUACGAUUGAGCUGGUCAGGCUGUCCGACUCGGAUUCCAUAACCCACCGCACAUUUGCUCGCUGGGAUGCGCCCAGUCCGAACCCCGACCUCCUCGUCGACCGCAUCGUCAGUCUCUUCCACCUCAGCGGCAGCGGCACGACAUGUCUCGUCCUGGAAGGCGGCGAUAUCAUCACCGUCCGGGAGGAUCCCUCGGCCGGCCAUGUCCACAUUGAGAUUAUGGGCUCCAUAGACGCCGGCAUCGCGGCCGCGCGGUGGUCCCCCGACGAGGAGCUGCUGGCCGUCGUCACCAAAGCCGACACCGUGGUCUUCAUGGGCGGCGCCUUCGACCCCGUUGCCGAAGUGACCAUGACGGAGGAGGAUCUUAAGGCGUCCAAGCACGUCUCCGUAGGAUGGGGCAAGAAGGAGACGCAGUUCCAGGGGCGCGGCGCCAAGGCCCUCCGGGAUCCCACGAUCCCCGAGAAGGUCGACCAGGGACUCCCGAGCCCCAACGAGGACGGAUUGGUAUCAAUCAGCUGGCGCGGGGACGGCGCAUACGUUGCCAUCAACUCGGUCCAGGAGGGGUCUCGACGAGUCAUCAGGGUGUAUUCUCGCGAGGGAGAGCUGGAUAGCGCCAGCGAGCCUGUCGACGGUUUCGAAGGGGCCCUGAGCUGGAGACCGUCGGGCAAUCUCAUUGCCGGUAUCCAGCGACUGUCCGACAGAGUCGAUGUCGUCUUCUUCGAGCGCAACGGCCUGCGCCAUGGACAGUUUACCCUGCGGU